UCCCUUGUUUUAAAUUAGGACACUGACAUACUUUACCUUUGUGGUUGGAUUUGGAGCAACGGGGUCUGAAUGGAGGUUCAUGGAAAGCAGCUUCAACCAAUUGCAUCUGCCAUGGACAAGAAUUGCAUGUCAGCAAGCAUGAGCGACCAGUCAAAUGACGAAGAGAGCUAUGAACCAUGUGAGAAGCAUCCGAAAGAGUUCAUCAAAUAUUUCUGUUCGAAACACGAUGCGCUCAUUUGUGGACACUGCCUAGCAUUUGAUCAUCGCUCAUGCAGCGUAAUUUUAAUAUCCGAUUUGAGCAAGUCGGAAAAUGGAAGCGUCAACAAAGACAUUGUCGAUUUCAUUACAGACGUUGAUGAAUAUGCGUCUGAAAUUGAAAACAACAAGAACUUUGUAACACAGAUUAGUAAAGCCGAAGUUAUGAAACUAAGGGAAUAUAGAGAUGAUAUUGAAAAGUACUUUGAUCAAAGAAUGGACUUCCUUUUGGAGAACAUACAACAAAUGAAAAGCAUGGACGAAACCCUAUUAGAUUCUCUAAAACCUAAAUGUGACCACGUCAAAUCUAAAGCAGAAACACUCAAAUCUAGGCUAAGUUUGCUUGAAAGCAAUCCUGCAAAAUUGUUUAUUGAAACGAAGAGAGCACAAACUGAGCUAGCCGGACUACGGUCAACCCUGGCUGACAUGCACAAGGAGAAGAUUAUUCAUGAGUACCGAUUUAACAAGGAUUCCAUUACUGAGAAGUUGCUGGCGUCCAAAACCGGCCUAGGUACAAUGAAGGAAAGACAUGUGGCACCAAGGAAGAAACAACUUCUCGGUAUGAUGACGAUAUACUUUAAAAGAUUGUCACGUAAAGGGCCUUCCCUAUGUAGCAAAACUAGCUGUUGCUGCAUUACGAAAGAACUUCUCCUACUAGUUGCUGUAGUAAUUAUCGGAAUUAUUGUCCCGGUGGUUGUCAUUCGGAAAGGAGACCAGACUGUGAACAGUGUUGACCUCACCAGCCUUCGAUUCACUCGAGAUUCUGACAUUCCAGUGAACGGCAUUCACGACUGACAUGCUCCUCCUGCCUGGAGACAGGCUGCUACUUGCAUAUAUGAAGGACAGAAAAGUGAAAAUGAUUAAUAUGCGAACCAACAUCUUGAUGUCCGAGGUCAGUCUGCCAGGUGAACCAUUGCGCAUGUGUAUCCUCCCCGGGGACAGGUUGGCUGUAAGUUUACGAGAUACAGGACGUAUUCAGUUCCUGAAGACCUUGGAACAACUCUCCCUUGAGGAAAACGUCAAGGUGAAUGGUGAAUGUUUAGGUAUUAGUUACCAUAAAGACAGGUUAAUAGUGUCGUACAUGAGUGGAAAGGUGGAGAUGAUGGACAUGACUGGGAGCGUGAUCAAAACUAUUGACAAAGAUGACAGUGGACAGUCAAUAUUUGGCCAGCCAUUUAACCUGAUAGUGAUGAGUGAAGUUCAGACAGAAGUGAUUUAUGUAUCAGACGGUGGUAAGUCCACCAUCACAAAGCUGGACAUGGAUCUGAACAUCCUCCAGACAUUCAAGGACCCUUCCCUGAGAACACCAGUAGGCAUCACUGCAGUGGGAAAUCAGCUUCUCAUCAGUGGCUGGGAAAGUAACAACAUCAUGUGCCUGGACCUGACCAGUGGCCAGAUGACUGAACUGCUGGGUAAGGUGGACGGGAUAAAUCGUCCUUUAGCUGUUUUCUACGAUCACAAGCAGAAGAAAACGUAUGUCUCGUUUGACAUCAAAAACUUAGUGAAGGUGUACAAGGCAGAUAUGAACGUUUAAAUAUUUUAAAUUGCUAUUUUCCUUCUUCAAAAAGAGUUUGUUUUGAUGAAGGAAAGCUGUAAUCUACUUAUGAUUUAUCCUUUGGCUAGUUUAUUACUAUUUGUAACUUUUGUGAUACAUGUUAUAUUGAUUUCUUUCUUUGAAAACCGAUGUGCUUCACUCCUAUAUUUUCUGAGAAUGAGAAUAUGCUUUUUAUAUUGUUGGGUAUUUCGAAAAUGUUUUGUUUUAUAUAACGAAAAACUUAACGAGAAAUGGCGACAUGUCGAGCCCGUUGAAAGGGAGUUUGAGACAGACAUUAUGCUAGGUAAUGUCAAACCCUAACUUGAAAUGUCCCACCAAAUGUGCAAGGUAAACCAUUGAUUUAUGCAACAACUAUAUCUCGCUCAUCGAAAGCGGGCUUGAAAAUAAAAUGACUUUAUAUAUGAAAUGUAAAAAAUGUAUUGGAUGUUU